GGCAUAUAGCUAGAAAACUGGAGAAAAAUUAUAGAGACAAGGACAGUACAUAUAAAGAUAUACAAUUAUAAGAAUUUAAGAUGAACAAAUACAUUGAGAAGUAAAACAAAUACUAUCAAAGUACAGUGUAAAUGUGAUCAUUCCAAAACAACUCAGCAACAUCAUACAUGGACUAAUUUGAUUCUUGUCUUAGUUUAUUUGGUGGAGGAAUACGGAAAGCAAAACACAACACUCAAAACCAUUUGACAGCAAUACAUGAUAAUGCUGCACCGUACAUUGUAUUUAGCAAUAUUAACGCUAGGGGUUGCUGUACCUUCACAUGCACUUAAUCUACAGCCAUGUCCAACAGGUGAGGACUAUAGGCAGUUAAGUGAAUGUCUAUGUCUCCCUGACGACAGGGGUGAUGUCAUAGGAGUCGGUUGUAUGAAUACAACAAUGACGUCAUUACCCAAUCAUAUCCCUAGGUACGCAUCCAUAUUUUAUUUCGAUGAUAAUCGACUUGGCAGUAUUAUCAAGAUCCCAGCAAAUUACCAUCACCUGGAGUAUAUGUACAUGAGGAAUAAUGGAAUUCAGAAAAUCGAAAAACUAGCAUUCAAAAGCCCCGAAGAAGACCACGGAGUCCAUCUCCAUGAACUUGACCUAUCUAACAAUACAAUCCAACGUCUAUUUCAGGAGACACUCACCGGCCUGGAUCGACUAGAAAAUUUAACAUUAUAUGGAAAUCAAAUAUAUGAACUACAGAACGCAUUUGCCGAUCUAAAAUCCUUAAGGUUGAUAGACUUGAGGAAUAAUAAACUCCGAAGACUCGAAGAUAACAUAUUUGCCAAUCUUCCCAACCUUACGGAUGUUGCCUUGGAAAUGAACAACUUCCAAGGAGGUAUUCCUUACAAGGCCUUAAGCGUGUUAAAACAGACGCAAAUGCUGAACCUGCGUUCGUGCAGCAUUGCACAGUUGCAUGACGAUGGAUUCCUAUAUCUUCAGUCCCUACAGCAGCUUCAUCUUCAGCACAACGAUAUUGAAUACAUCACAAAUAAUUCAUUCAACGGUUUAAUGCAACUGACUAUGUUGGAUCUAAGCUACAAUAGCAUACAUACCAUAGAAACGGGGGCGUUUCAGUAUUUCUAUGAUACCAUCAAGGAAGUAAAUCUCCGAGGUAACCAGAUCAUUGGCCUUCAUCCAUCCAUGUUACCAUGGGAACGCAUCAAUGUAAUGAUGGAGGGGAAUCCGUUAGAAUGUGAUUGUGAACUGGCUUGGGCACAACUGGCAGCUUCUAGAUCGGGAGAGCUCUUGAUAUGUACAGGACCUGAACAACUAAUCAACCGCACAGUGACUUCGCUCCAUCCCAAUGAGUUCGUUUGUGAGAAUGACAACCGGACACCAACAACCGCUGGUCUUACAGGAAUUACCCUCAUCCUGGUCAUCGUCCUUCCCAUCGCCCUCAUCAUCAUCAUCGUAAUCCUUUCUGUAGUAUGCUGCAUUGUGAAGAAACGUAAGGCGAAAAGCCGAAAAAGAAGUGUGAAAUAUAGCGCCGUAUAUAAACCUACUACUGAAGAGAAAGCACAGAUGUCAAAAACUCAAGUGAAAAAACAAAUGCCCAAAACGGAAUUGUGACAAUAGCGUGUGUCAUUCACCUCGAAUUAUUUCAGUAUUAUAAUAGUAACUAUGUAUUCUCUGCGCAGUGUUUUGAUAUCUGAGCUUUUGACCUAGGAUGGCCGUACUUUAUCAACAUUUGGAUCUUUACAAGAUAAGUCGAGCUUGACGCCAAAUCAUGCAUAUAAAAGAUCAAAAUUAGAUUAUACCAGAUAAUGCUGUUCUAAUAAUCGACUAACCAUAAUAAACAGCGCCAUCUAUAUGAGUAGAAAAACAUUCUUCCAUCAAGAAAAGUUAGAGCCAACAAACAGGACUUGUACGAGGGUUGUCCCAGAAGUAAUGCACUAUAUGCUCGAACUUUAUCAUUCGUCAUCAUUCUAUUUUAUUAAGUUAAAACUCA